AUGAGUCAAGAGACUAUUCCCCCAAGUGAUGAUGACAUCUUUAUAUCAACACAGAUACAGGGAAAGUUGGAUGAGAUAGAAGAUGAAGCUAAAGAGAAAAAUCUACUACAAUUUUUACACCAAUUUGCAAAUAAAGAAGAAGCCACUCCAAGCAUACCCAAGUCGAAGAACGAACCUAAAGAAAAACCUAAAACUAAACCCAAAAGGAAGAAGGCUACAAAUAAGCUUUCAGUUACAGACCAAAUGAUAAGGAAAUUGUCAGGGAAACCACAUAAAUUUAGACAAAUACGGCUAGGCGAUAAUAUUCAAAGAGGCGACCUCAGCUCAAGAACACCUUCAUUUGAAAAAGAUUUUGACACUGCUGCUUAUGAUACCGUUUUCACCUCCAAAGAGUGGGAAAAUUUGAAGUUUGUGUUCAAUGCUCGUCAUGAAAAUACAAGUACUAGCGAGAAGGAAAAUCAAAAUUCACGACAGCCCACAGGUUUAUGGGGCGUUGCUGGUGAAUGUCCUGACUUCAAUAUGGAUGAUUGGAGCCUGUUAUAUGGGUACCAAGAUCGGCUCAAAGGUACAAGGUUAGAGUCUGAAGCACUUCCUCCAAUUACAUUUAGUCAAGCCUACAAAACCUCACAACAGAGUGCAGCUGAAGAAACUAACAAAAGAGGUGAUGAAACAACCACCACUACAGCCCUUCAUGAUAAGAGUAUUGAUGGUAUCGAAAAUGAAGCUUACGAGGCUAUAGAUCUGGAUACAAGCUUUGGUGAUGAAGUUGUAUGUUCUUCCGAUGAGGGCUCAAUUAUAGAAAUAAUAGGUAAAGAUAGAGGUACUAAUGACUUUCCAAUUGUGCUGUCCUCUCAAAAUUCAGAGACUCCUGAUGUUUACCCAACUCCACAUUCAGUAGAGGUCAAAUACAAGGGUAAAGUGAGCAUCAAUAGAGAGUCACAAAAUUCAGUGAGAAUGAGACUACGACAAAGAUCAGAAGGUGAAGAGAUCAUCAAUACGUCAGAGGACGAGGAAGAAGAUCAGUCUUUUUUUAUACAGAUUCUAAAAGAGAAAAGUCAAAAAGUGGUUCAGGUGCCCUCGAGUCCUGGUUAUGAAUGUGAUGACGAAACAGAAUGA